GACCUGUUUGUUUUGCUUGGUAAGACGGACUUCACAGGGUCAAAUCAGCGACAGGAAGGAGACUGUAACGUAACAGAAUUACACGAUUUUGGCAUUUAAAAGCCCCAACAACAGAUCAAGGUCUACUCGGAGAGAGAUACAUUGGACAAAUAAGGCAGGUUUGCCUAAAGAAGACACUGUCUGACCUAAUUUUUUUUAAAAUGCCUACAGAAAAGACGUUCAAACAAAGGAGGGCAUUUGAGCAGCGUGUGGAGGAUGUACGGUUGAUCCGGGAACAGCAUCCCAGCAAGAUCCCGGUGAUCAUUGAGAGAUACAAGGGAGAGAAGCAACUUCCAAUUCUGGACAAAACCAAGUUUUUAGUUCCUGACCACGUAAACAUGAGUGAACUUAUUAAGAUAAUCAGGAGACGCCUCCAGCUCAACUCCAACCAGGCUUUUUUCCUUCUUGUUAAUGGUCACAGCAUGGUAUCUGUGUCUACUGCCAUUUCCGAGGUCUAUGAGCGCGAGAAAGAUGAGGACGGCUUCCUGUACAUGGUCUACGCCUCCCAGGAGACAUUUGGAUCUGUGGGCUCUCAGUAAUAAUGACAUAUAUGAUUGGCUUUCUUUCUUGGACAAUAAAACAACCUACCCCCAAACCAUGUGUCCCUUAAAUCUAGCCCCUCCCCUUACCAACAGGACUGUAGGAACCAGCUGAACUUUAAGUCCUUUUGGCCCCAAUCCCAACUGAAUCCUAACCAUUAUCCAGAGCUAAAUCCUAAAUUCCUUUUCAACCCUUUAACGUUGAAUUCCCUAUUCGUGUUAUCAUUAUGUAUGAUUCAUCAUUUGUUUGGUUUUUGUCAUGUUAUGGUCAGCUGGACAAUGAUCCAGUGUGUUUUAAUAAGAUUUACUCAAUCUAAAGCUUGAAAUAAUGACCUCUGGGUAUCAAGAGAUGGGAUCAUCUCUUUCCCUUAGUGGUUACAAAAAUUAUCCAACACAUCUAGAUGAGGCAUCUGUUACAUCUGACGUUAAGCAACCAAAUAGUUUUGUAGGUUUUUGGUCUGGUCCAUUACAGCUUGGCUGGGGUUGGGUUGCUGCUAGUACACUUUGGCAAAUUUCUAACCCUCUUGUUCCAUGACUAAUAUUUGGAUGGCACGCUUUGUGGACUCAUCUUUACUCGUUGAGUUUGGCAGACUUUCUUACCCAUAGAUUACCCAUAGUCAUUACAAAAGCUGUUUACGGCUGAUAACCGCAUUCCAUUUCCUGCUAGAGGAAACUGUGUCGUUUCUAACCCUAACCCAAAGGUGUAGCUAAUUGGGUCGUGAGCGUUGAGGUAAGCCAAGGUUUGAAAUAACAGCCGAAUUGCAUUCAAACUUUUCAGUGUGUUCCACGGAAAGUAGAUGUUUACUUGGAAUUAAAUUUUGUUUGCUAUUAUACAAAAACAACAACCCAGCUUUGAUUGUAGUAUGAAGCUUUAUAAUGUCAGUAUAGAAAGGUCAAUAAAAAUAAUUAUCUGACAAUGGUACAUUGAAAGACAACUUGAGCGAAUGAAUGUGGCAUUAGCGUCAUUAAUGUUGUACAAUGAAGCGAUUGUGGACCAGGUAGACAGGGCAGAUGUAGCCCAGUCUAUAUUGAAAUGCGCCUGAACAUCCUUGCUGUUUUAGGUGCACGCUUUUAGUCUACUCAAUUUUAUUAUAGAAUUAUUUACAUACUUUAUAAAUGCAUAACUGUGAGCUGUUGUAAUCUUUCCAUCUGUAUGUCAUUUACAGUUAACUAUACAGAUAAGAUUAGAUGCCUUUUCUCCUGAACAUUUAUUAGCAAUUUAAUUGUCUUGCUCUUAUUUAAAGAGAUGUUAUUGUUUUGUUUGUUUUUCUUGUAUAAAAAAUAAAUCAUAUGUGAUUUUAUUGUGCAAUUUACAAAAGUGACUCUUUAACUAAAAUUAUCAACCCGUUAUCAAACUCUUUUCUGCAUUUCUCCUGCGCUCAGAUGUCAGAUUUACAGCAAUAUGACACUUCUAAUAAUGUUGGUAUUUUAAAAAUAAAAGAGGAAUAUGCA